AUGCAAUUUGCUUAAUCAGACAAGAAUUCUAAAUCGGAGUGUCCCUAGAGCUUAAAAGAUGCCAACUUCAGAAAGAGAAAACCUAUUGAUUCAGAUACGAAAACCAAUUUGAUCCUUAGCGUAGUAAAAGAUCAUUUGCCCAUAUAUUAAGCAGCUAUCAUUCAUAAGGUUAAAUAUUCAUCCGCUAAACACAUAUUGAGAAAUUACUACAGUGAUACUGCCAAUUACUUCUCACUUCAGAAAAAGAGAAGAAGAAAGAUAAUCUGUUGUGGGGUCUCAGCCUUAAUUGAAAUUAGCAGUGGAAAUAUAGUUUUAGCCACUUCCUAGUGUUAAAUGACUCCCUAUAUCAAAAAUGGGGUCAAUGCCCAGAUCAAAUAAAAAGUAAUUGAUAAUCUGAGUGUCUCAAUCCACAAAUAAAUAUGUAACUUUAAUUUCAAGAGAUUGAAUAAGAACUUCAGAAUCGACCCAAUAAAACAGAUGAAUAAAAUAGAAAAAAUUGAAAACAAAGUUAAUUUUCUCAUGUAAACACUUGAAAAAUAACAUAUUGAAAUGACACAAUGA